AUGGCGGCGGCGGGGUCGGCGGGGCCGGCGGGGCCCGAGCCCAUGCCGAGCUACGCGCAGCUGGUGCAGCGCGGCUGGGGCAGCGCGCUGGCGGCGGCUCGGGGCUGCGCGGACUGCGGCUGGGGGCUUGCUCGCCGCGGCCUGGCCGAGCACGCGCACCUGGCGCCGCCCGAGCUGCUGCUGCUGGCCCUCGGCGCGCUCGGCUGGACCGUGCUGCGCUCGGCGGCCACCUCGCGCCUCUUUCGGCCCCUAGCCAAGCGGUGCCGCCUCCAGCCUAGAGAUGCCGCCAAGAUGCCUGAGAGCGCCUGGAAGUUUCUCUUCUACCUGGGCGCCUGGAGCUACAGCACCUACCUGCUCUUCGGCACUGACUACCCCUUCUUUCACGACCCACCCUCCGUCUUCUAUGACUGGAAGACGGGCAUGGCAGUGCCACGGGACAUUGCAGUGGCCUACCUACUACAGGGAAGCUUCUACGGCCAUUCCAUCUACGCCACGCUGUACCUGGAUGCUUGGCGCAAGGACUCAGUGGUCAUGCUUGUCCACCACGUGGUCACCUUGGUCCUCAUUGUCUCCUCUUACGCCUUCCGGUACCACAAGGUGGGCAUUCUUGUGCUCUUCUUGCAUGACAUCAGCGACGUGCAGCUGGAGUUCACCAAGCUCAAUGUCUACUUCAAGUCCCGCGGAGGCGCCCACCAGAGGCUGCACGCCCUGGCCGCCGACCUGGGCUGCCUCAGCUUCUGCCUCAGCUGGUUCUGGUUCCGCCUCUACUGGUUCCCGCUCAAGGUCCUGUACGCCACGAGCUACUGCAGCCUGCGGUCGGUGCCUGACAUCCCCUUCUACUUCUUCUUCAACGUGCUCCUGCUGCUGCUCACCCUCAUGAACCUCUACUGGUUCCUGUACAUCGUGGCUUUUGCCGCCAAAGUGCUGACGGGCCAGGUGCGGGAGCUGAAGGAUGUGCGGGAAUAUGACACGGCGGAGGCCCCGAGCCCCAAGCCCCGCAAAGCUGAGAAGCCGCUGAGGAAUGGCUUGGUUAAGGACAAACGCUUCUGAACGCCACCCCGGCCUCGCCGCCCAGGACCCAGUCCCACCCAACCUCCCCCUCGGAGACCAGCCACGCGGCUCCCCAACCCGCC